AUGGAUUCCCAACCCGCGGCGACAGAGCCGUCCAGUAAACGGCCGCGAUCUCCAUCCGGCGAUUUCCCCCCUAUUGCAUCCAAAGUUCCCAAAACCCAUUCGAAUCACCUACAGAUCAACUACCUUGCGCGCCAAUAUCCAGAUAACCUUCCUCUGGUCUCGGUGGAUGACACAAUGCCCUCUAUUAUCCACUUGAUUGGCGAAUACGAUGGCGUCCUACAUCGUCACGAGAGUAUUGCGGGCAACCUCGGCGCUUGUCCCCUGGGUCCGAUCUUGAUCAAGCGUUUCGAGCGCUUGUUCGAUGGGCCUCCACGGGUGCUCAAGUCGCAUGGCAAGGACUCACCGAACAUCACCUGGCUAGACGUGGUAGAGUUUGCCAAGAGCAAACCGGAACAGUUCAAUUUGGAAAAGACUCGCAAUGGGGUGCGAGUCUGCCAGUUCUACACCAAGCAAUGUCGCGUGGAAAUCAGUGAGGAGGAUUUCGUCCUAAUCGCUUCCGGGAUGCCACAGAAGAUGAUCCCUCCUCAGCCAAUCAUCGAAGAUGAAGAGAAGGAAUUGGGCGCUUUGGAAAUUUUGGAGAAAAACCUCCAGCAAAUCAUCCAGGUUGCCGACCAAGUGUCGGCCCGAGCCAGGCAGCUCAAUCAUCGACUCAAAAAUCGCCGAACUGCCAUUGUCACCCGCCGAGAAAAUGAUACGAGUCUGCAUUCACAGCAACAGCAACACCGCUCCAUCAGCCCGACUUGGCGCGAUGCCAAUGGCAGUCAACACCCCUUGAACAGCGGCAGCCAUUCCAGUGCCCACUCUCCUUCUACCGGAUUCGUUGCAGUUAAUGCUGCCCGACCCGCGGGUGGAGACCCUCCAACCGAGGACAGUGCACUGUCGUCGCAAUUCAUGUUUUCUCACUCAAAUACGGACAACAUUACCAUCAUCAACGGUACAUCGAUUAAGGGCGCAUCUCCGACAACACGCGCGGAGCUCAUGAAGAAAUUCUUCACCACUCAAGACCGACAGGCUCGCAGCGUAGACGAAACGCCGGGAUCGACUAACCGUCAGUCAUCCCGUCCUAGGCCGCGUGUGUCGGAUGCUGCGGAGUAUGCUCUGUUUACCCCGGCGCCCACCACAGUUGCAAUUCCCAGCACUCCGUCCUCAUUGCUCCCACCACCCAAGUCCCAUCAUCACGAGAAGGAUGACGGUGGGCCGUACAAGAUGGAGAUGGUCGCGCGCAUGGAGGAGCUUCAGCGAGGGGAGCGCAUUCUUCCCCCGUGCGAUCGCUGUCGGCGACUGCACAUGGAUUGUUUGAAGAACCUAACAGCGUGCAUGGGCUGCACUAAAAAGCAUGCUAAAUGUUCCUGGAAAGAUGUCAGGGAGGAAGAGCUAAGGGAGUCCCGGAUCGAACGGAGCUCCAGAGAGCGUGCAGAGGAUCCCCAUUCGAAGGAUCCCUCCAUAGGAGCCCCGGCUUCAGCCUCCAUCCCGACGUCCGUAUCGACAGCACCUACCACAACAUCGAGCGCAAUGAUCCUGGCGCCCGAGCGGCCCCGAGUAGAGCGUGAGGGAGGCCAUGACUUCAACCCGCGUCGAGAAUCCGCUCCAACGGCGGGCCCGAACCACGGGACUCCGUUGGGGAGGGAACCUUCCCCUCGUCGGGCCAUGAGCGAGGUUCAGGGAAGCGCCUCGUUAGGCCAGGAGCGGCGCCUGGCUAUCCACCGCCAUAACGAUCAGAUGGCGGAAGAUGACGAUCCAGACGCAAAUCAGCGACUGAUGCAGGCUAUUCUGGACACAGUCGAUCACCAUGCACGAGUGGCGGCCGCAGUUAAAGGGGGCGGACAGGAGACGGUGGACCGUGAGUGCGAGCAGGAGUUAGAUCGUGAUCGGAAAUUGGUAAAAGCUUGA